GUCGAGGAUCUGUGGCAGGCGUCGAAGAAAAAAAAACUUGCAGCGCGUGUCUUUCAUAUGCAGUGCCUAUGUGGGAGUACGUGGUACAAACUUCUGUGACAUGUUUCAUUCUUUUACAUGAGGAACAAUGUCCAGUGUUCUAGCAAGGAUUUUAUUUUAUCCCACACUCGCUUACAAUGUUGUCAUGGAAAAGAUCACCUCCAGGGAAUGGUUUAAUCGCGUGGAUCCGACUGUCAUUCUUGGUGCUCUCCCAUUCAGGUCAAUGACAGAAGAGUUGGUCCAAAAAGAGAAAGUAAGAGGAGUCAUAACCAUGAAUGAAGAAUAUGAAACAAAAUAUUUCUGCAAUUCACCUGAGGAGUGGCGAGCUGUUGGCGUUGAGCAGAUCAGACUCGACACAGUGGACCUGACAGGUGUUCCCAGCCUAGAGCACAUCCACAAGGGUGUGGACUUUGCCUUAAGACAUCGAGAGCAAGGCACUAGUGUCUAUAUUCACUGCAAGGCCGGCCGCUCACGCAGUGCAACUAUUGCAGCUGCAUACCUCAUCAGGCUACACUGUUGGAGUCCAGAGGAGGCCUGUAAGAUACUGGCCUCAGUCCGGCCUCAUGUGCUGAUCCGCUCAGCCCAGCUGGAGAUGCUGCAGGAGUACUAUAAGCAAGUGUGUGCUUCAGAGUCCAGCUAGAAGAUACACAAUGUGCAAAUGCUGCCAUUUAUGCUGAAUCUCAUAUACUGUACAUUGCUAAUAAGUUGUUUUUUUCCUUGUCAGAGUGCAUAUUUUUAUAUAUUCGUUUAAGAAUUUGUGUACUAUACAUAAAGUAGACUCUAAUAAUGUCCAUUAACAGUUACAUUGUGAAUAAAACAAUCUUGUAAUUUC